UCAAUAUUCAGCACCUCGGUGCUUCCGUUGUUUCAAGAGAUUCCCUCUCAAUAGUCAUUUCUGGCUAUGGAUCUUGCUCCAGUGUUGAGCCAGUUUGGAUACGCUUUGAUGAAGCAGCCUAUCUAUGAAUACUGCAAAGGUUCUGAAAUUCCACUUAAUUUAAAUUUCUGAACGUGUUACAUUCUUUUCUUAUAUCUAAGACUAAACUGUCGUUAACCUCAAGCCUCUUCGAAUACUUUCAAUUAGAGCCUAACAUCUGCUUGCGGUAAACGGAAACCUGUUCCAAUAGCUGUUCCUCUCCUGCAUUGUUUUAAUAGUAAGAUGCUUCCACUUUCUUUAAAUGAACUUGAAGACAGCCUAAUUUUCAGUGUGUUUAUCCGGAUUCCGACUAGAGGAUUUGACUUUAUUGACAAUAUGAAGUCGACAAUAUUAGUAGCCGUAAUUGUUUGCGCUUCCAUUGCUGGUGUAUAUUCUGACUAUUAUGUAAGACAAUUAUACAGAACAAAAGCAUGUGAAGUCGGAAUCUUACAUGCAAGUGAGCAUAAAAAGAAAUAUGAAAAUUGUGUAUAUAUAUUACUAUUAUUAUUGUAUCCUUUAGUUCCUAGAGGAACAUAGGGCUUCAGCUGCGCACCUCCAUUGACUUCGGUUUUCUGACAACUUUUUCACCCUGCUCCAGGUCUGUCCACAUGAUUUCAUCUCCUCCUCGCAUGACCUCCUCCAAGUCACUCUUGGACGACCAACUCGCCGCCUCCCUUUCGGCCUGGUUUCACUCGAGCAAUGGCUUGUCUAGUGAUUUCACUUGAUGGUUUCCUUAGUGUAUGGCCAAUCCAUCUCCAUUUCUUCCUGCUUAUUUGUUGCACAAUCGGUUCCUCAUUGGUUCGCUCCCAGAGAUCCCUGUUGCUGAUCUUUUCUGGCCAUCUGAUCUUGAGUAUUGAGCGGAGACAGUUGUUAAUGAAGGUUUGAAGUUUGUUUGAGAUGCUCUUUAUGACUCGCCAAGUCUCUGAUCCGUAUAGUAGCACUGACUUCACAUUGGAGUUGAAAAUCCGGAUCUUAUUUUUGAUGCUGAGUGCUGUUGACCUCCACACAGAUUUGAGAGUAAUGAAAGCUUGUCUUGCUUUUCCGAUUCUGGCUUUGAUGUCCUCGUCAGUUCCGCCUGUAGUUGAGACGAUGCUUCCCAGGUAGGUGAAGGAGGUUGUUGCUUUCAGGUUCUUCCCAUUUAUGCUUAUAUAUAUAAAAAAACUAAUUAU